AAACAAACAAAAAUGAAAAAGAAAUCCCGCUUUUAUUACAAUUUCUACAUAUUCGGUGGCUCCUCCAUCUUUCCCAUAAGCUCUUUUUCUCUCUCUAAAACGUUCUCUACUCUCUCUACUCCCCUGCUGCCAUGUCUUUCCGAGGAGGGGCAAAUGCUUCAUCUGGCAUGGGCGUUGCUGAUCACAGCAAAAGCACAUACAUGGAAUUGCAAAGGAAGAAAGUGUAUCGGUAUGUGAUCUUUAAGAUUGAUGAGAAGAAAAAGGAGGUCAUUGUUGAAAAGACUGGCAGUCCAGCUGAGGGCUAUGAUGAUUUCACUGCAUCGCUCCCUGAGAAUGAUUGUCGAUAUGCAGUUUAUGACUUUGAUUACGUCACUUCUGAGAACUGCCAAAAAAGCAAGAUCUUUUUUAUAGCAUGGUAUCGCUUACUCUUUUCAUCCUCGUUUAUUUCAUAGGUCUUUGAGGUUAUUACAUUUGUAACCUCCUCCAUCCCUUCCUCGGUCAUGCAUUUUUUUAUGUAAUUAUAUUUGAUAGUAUGCUCUUGGCUGGUUAAACUGCACUUGUUCAACAGCCUUUGUUUCCCAUACAUCGUUCUUUUUUGCUUUUACCAUUAUAGAUUAAGUGAUAAGGAGGACACAAACACUUCUAUUUUAUCCAUGCUAAUUUUGGUCUGUUUUGCAUAACAAUUUCGACUUCUUGCUGAAGCUGAUGUGUUCCAUGAGUAGUUAUCAUUGUUUCACCACUAUCCAAGAUGAGUCCCAGUAAUUUGUUGCGUAUUUUUAUCUACAUUUUUAGCAUGUUUGGCUUAUAAAGUGCUUAUAAGCACAUAAGUUUAGCCAAUCAUGCUCUGUCAAAUCAUUCGACAAAUUUUAGAGCCUACUCAGACGGAAUACCUUUUGACUUUCUAUAUAGUGCUUCUCUCUCCUUCCUGUGAUCACAUGAAUUAUUUCACUUGUCCCUCACCUAACCCAUGCACCAAACUGCCUUCCGAAAUAAAAAAAAAAAAAGGUUGAACCCCAACCGAAAUAAAAUGACAGGGGAAGGGGGAUAUAGAGAAAGUUGUAUACUAAGGCCACAUAACAUCUAAUAUUAAAUAAUAGGAUUUACGUUAUUCAAUAUAUUCUCAUAACCCAUAGAGUGAAGAUGCUAAAAAGUAGACGUUGUACUGGUUUACGAUAAAUUGAUAGAAGCAUGACAUAAGGAAAGUUUUUAUAAUAAGACAAUAUAAUAUUAUAGUAGGCUUAGACAAUUCAUUUUAUUCAUCAUAAAAUGAAGAUGCUAACAAGAAGACGUAGCAAAAUUUUGUUAUAACUUGAUAGAAGCACGACUUGGGAUAUGUUUAGCGUAGACGUAAAGAGUGUUGUGUGAUUUAAGGAAACAAGUUAGAAGAAAGAGUGAUAGAAACUAGCAUGGCCUAUCGUCGUGUUAUUGAUCUAAAUGCUUUGGAUCUUCUAAUAAAUCUUUGAAUAGAAUGACAGAAAUGGAUUCAUGGACCAACCUCGAAAGUUAUUGAGAACAUGACUCAGUAUUUUUUUCUUUUUUCUUUUUUUUUUUUUGUGGGGGAAG